AUGACAUGGGAUAAGAUUUCACUGACUAUUAUCAUCCGGUCCAGCAACACUCCUUGUCCACCCUUCAACCUUCAGCCCCCCCCCCUUUGUUUCGGGGGCUCCCUGGAGAUCCCAAGACAACCUCAGUCUCCCUCCAGGCAACAGGCUUCCGAAAUACGCAAGCAACCCACCGCAACGACCACCAUCAUCAACCUCUCACCACCAACGGCCCACCGCCAUCAUCAGCCCACCACCACCAACGGCCCACCACCACCAAAGGCCCACAGCCACAUCAGCCCACCACCACCAACGGCCCACCGCCAUCAUCAGCCCACCACCACCAACGGACCACCACCACACGGACCAACCGGCCAUCAUCAGACCACCACACCAACGGACCACCCCACCCAACGCCACGCCAUCACAGCCCACCACCACCAACGGCCCACCACCACCAACGGCCCACCGCCAUCAUCAGCCCACCACCACCAACGGCCCACCGCCACCAUCAGCCCACCCACCACCAACGGCCCCACCGCCAGCCAAUCAGCCCACACCACCAGGCCACCACCACCAACGCCCACCCGCCAUCAUCAGCCCACCACCACCAACGGCCCACCACCACUAACGGACCACCGCCAUCAUCAGCCCACCACCACCAACGGCCCACCGCCAUCAUCAGCCCACCACCACCAACGGACCACCACCAUCAAUGGCCCACCGGCAUCAUCAGCCCACCACCACCAACGGCCCACCACCACCAACGGAUCAUCGCCGUCAUCAGCCCACCACCACCAACGCGCCCACGCCAUCAUCCAGCCCACCACCACCACGCGCUCGGCGACCCAGCGGAACACGAGAGAACCAGAUAGGACCCCGAGAGGAUCUCAUGGGACUCGGGCGCAAGGAGCUACAACAGCAUCAAGCAGCCAGGCGGCUCCUGGUGCAGGUGUCCUCGCGGCCGCCCUGGGGGACCACACAGCAGGAAAAGCAAUAACAGUGACAGAAGAAGAAAACAUCCGCAUACGAUCUCACGCCACGAGCAGAGACAUGCAUAUCCAGAGAACGCUAACCUGCUACAUUCAAACGCUCUACGAAUAUCUCCGAUGA